UGUCAAGAAGAAUAAUUUUUUAAUAAAAAAUGGAAACGAAAAGUGUCGUAAUUGACGUCGACGUUGGCGCAGAUGAUGCUUGGGCUCUUUUGUUAGCUCUGAACAACGAAAAACUCGGAAAUUACAAAAUUCGAGCCAUUACUUGCACUUUUGGAAACACAACUUUGGAAAAUGUGGGCAAAAAUGUCUUAAAAGUGCUCGAAACUGUCGAUCGAUUGGAUAUCCCAAUUUUUCUCGGAAGUUCAGAGCCUUUAAUCAUCCAUUCCCCAAAAAAUGGCGAAAAAGACGAAAAUUUUCACGGAUCCGACGGUUUAGGCGACGUAAUUGACCCAAAAACGCAUCUCAACCCGGAUUUACUUCAAAAAACCUCCGCCAUCGAAGCAAUUCGCGACAUUUUACUUUGCGAUAAAAACGUUCAUCUAAUCUGCUUGGGCCCGUUAACAAACAUCGCCUUGUUACUAAAAAUGCAUCCCAAUGUCAGAGAUAAGAUACGCGAGAUUACAAUUAUGGGCGGCAAUCGUCACGGCGUCGGAAAUAUCACGAGAGCGGCGGAAUUUAAUUUUCACUGCGAUCCGGAAGCGGCUUUUAUAGUUUUUCAAUCCGCUCGUUGCCCGAUCAAACUUUUGCCAUUGGAAAGUGUGAAACACAACAAAAUGAUCGAAAAAUCGUGGAGAUUUGAUGUUUUGGGAAAAGUUGAUGGAAAAAUCACGAAAUUAAUGAAUCCGAUAGAGGAAAAGUUGUUGAGUCGAAGUAAUUUUUGGUAUCCGUUCGAUGCUUAUGCAGUUGCGAGUUUUAUAAAGCCUGAAAUUGUUAAGAGGGAGACAAAUUUGCACGUGACGAUCGAACUUGGAGGAUUUUUUACAAGAGGUCAAGUCGUUAUUGAUCAUGUUGGAAAGGAAAAGUGCAAAAAUGUGACCGUAUUUGAGGAAAUUGACAUUGAAAUGUUUAGAAAUCUUAUGAAAGAAGUAGUUGAUGCUCAAAAAAAUUGAAUUAAUUUGAAAUAAAUUUAAAAGUUUUCGAAUAAUAAUUGAGUUAAAGGCAAAAUAUUAAUUAAAAUUGUUUAAAUUAAAUCCU